CUUGUUUUUAAUAUCCUCUAUUUUCUAGAAAAAUUUAUACUUUCGACAUUUAACUUAACUUUGUUUGUAUACAGCUACCGAUAAGUAUUUAUUUCGCCAAACUAUCUAAUCAUAUCUGUGCUACGGGUGAAUAAACAUGGAGUCAAAUUGAUAAAACCGGGUGAAUCAGUUCCAGUAAACAUCCUAACGGAGAAAGAUUACUUACGGUAAAGUUAAAUUUAAAUUCAAAACUUUGUCGUAAUUUUGAAAAAAUACCUUUGUAAAGAAGUGAAAGUUCGGAGUGCUUUUGCCUGGAGGUGGUACUUUUUUAGCAGUAAGGUAAAGCUAAAGUCGUGAUGACGGUGACCGCUGAAGAUUUCAUGAACAAUACAGAAUUCGAAAACGAUCCAUUCGCCACAGUAGAUGAGAAUGUCAUCAACGAAGCUCCUCCAUCUUCCUUAGUCAACGUCUUCGGAUACUAUUUCAUCGUCACCACCAUUAUUAAACUGAUACUCAUUCUAGCAGUCAUAGCGGGAAACAUAUUUCUAGCCAUCGUCAUAAUCAGAUUCAAGAGAUUAAGAGCAGUUAGAAGCAAUGUGUUUAUCCUGCAUCUUUGUAUAUUGAACAUCGUUUACUAUCUUUGUUCUCCUUUGUUUUUGACUUUGGGUCAUAUUAUGUCAAGUUACGAAACAGUUACUACUUUUACUUUACAAACGCAAAUGACAUUGUUGACGUUGUACAUGACUUUCGCUGUUUGUUUGGCUGUGGAUUGGUUUUUGACUGCUAAAAAGUCGCAAUAUAUGAAAUUAUCAGAGAAAUAUUACCGUUUUAUUUAUGUCGCGAUGUAUUUGUUGUUUUUAAUAGAAUGGGCUAUAUCUUUGGCCUACUCUGAGAUUCAACACAUAGCAAGAGCUGGAUUAUUUUUUAUAUUCUAUGUAAUAUAUUUGAUUGUUCUUAUAGUGUUGAAUAUAUUGAAAAAGAAGCUGAAUUUGAGGAGCCAGGCCAAAAAAACCGAGUACUCUUUAUCGGUGUCAAACAUUAUUAUAUUUUCUUUUCUACCUAUCUUCCUUUUCCACAUAAAUUUGCACAUUGUUGUUGAUAAUGUUGCUAUAGUCAUGCUGUUUUUAGAAAUCUUCCCCGCUCUCAUUGAAAUCGGUCAUCCUCUUUGGAUUAUAUACUUGUUAGGGAGGCAAAACAAGUAUUUCAAAAUGGCUUAUUACAAGUCCUUCAAACGGUCUGUUAGAGGUUAUGUAGAUGAAGAUUUGGAUGCCAUUUCUGAAGAAGAGGAUUUUAGAAACAUUCUAACUCCGAGUACGUUUCAAGUGUCUGUUAAUGGGUUACAAGAAGAAGUUUAAGUUUUCUUUACUGUUUUUUUAUUCAAUAAUAAAAUAUAAUUAAAAA